CUCGGGUCGGGUGGCUGCUGCUGCUGCUGCUGCUGCGUCUCUCGCGGAAACUCAAUACAUGCUCCGGCAGGAUAUCAGCAAUCAAUGCGCAACUUCGCUCCAGUCACUGUUUAGGAUUUCAACCAACUGCCUACACGCAAGGAACUGGAACUAAAAGACGUUACCAUGAAUUCUGGAGCUUUUCUACUGAUGUUAUUUGUAAGGGUAUACGCGGAAAAUUUGGAAGGACCAACAGGCUGCACGUUCGAGGAGGACUCUGACCCGAACCUGUGCGAGUACCGGCAGGGCCAGGACGAUGACUUUGAUUGGCAGCUGAUCCGCACCUACAGCUGGCCGCACGCACCCUCGGACCUCCUACGUGGCUCCUUCAUGAUGGUGAACUCUUCCCAGCAUGCCGCGGGGCACCGGGCCCACCUGCUGCUGCGCUCCCUGAGCGAGAAUGACACGCACUGCGUGCAGUUCAGCUAUUUCCUGUACAGCCGCGACGGCCACAGCCCCGGAACGCUGCGUGUCUUUGUGCGCGUCAACGGCGGGCCCCUGGGCAAUCCCGUGUGGAACGUGACCGGCUCGCACGGACGCAAGUGGCACCAGGUGGAACUGGCCGUCAGCACUUUCUGGCCCAGCGAGUAUCAGGUUGUGUUUGAAGCCGUGGUGUCUCAGGAGCAUAAGGGCUACAUAGCGCUGGACGACAUCGUGCUGCUCAACUACCCCUGCAACAAGGUGCCUCGUUUUUCCAGGCAGGGAGAUGAAGAGGUGAAUGCCGGACAGAACGCGUCCUUUCAGUGUGUCGCCACUGGACGUGCCAUGGAGACCGAUCCCUUCUACCUGGAGAGGCGUAAUGGAGCUCUGAUUGACCCCGCCUCCGUGGGCUGGCGUCAGGGCCGUUGGGUGGCGCUCUUUCAGGUGGAGGCGGCCCAGCGCGGGGAGCAGGACCUGUACCGCUGUGUCACGCAGUCCCCGCGCGGAGCCGCCGUCUCCAACUUCGGAGAGCUCAUCGUCAGAGUGCCCCCCACACCCAUCGCACCCCCCCAGCUGCUGCGGGCCGGCCCCACGUACCUCAUCAUCCAGCUCAACACCAACUCCAUCGUUGGCGACGGACCGGUGAUACGCCGGGAGAUCGAGUACCGCGCCAGCCACUCGCCCUGGACCGAGACGCACGGCGUCAGCUCACUCACCUAUAAGGUGUGGCACCUGGAGCCCGACACCGAGUACCGCAUCAGCGUCCUGCUGACCCGGCCAGGUGAGGGGGGGACCGGACCGCCUGGACCCCCGCUCAUCAGCAGGACCAAGUGUGCCGAGCCCAUGCGUGCGUUGCGGGGCCUGACCGCCACGGACAUCCAGCCGCGUCAGCUGUCUCUGCAGUGGGAGCCGCUGGGCUACAACCUGACGCGCUGCCACACCUACACGCUCUCGCUCUGCUUCCGCUACUCCAUGCCAGUAGGGGGCAGCACCUCCGGCGGCGCAGGAGCCGUCAGCGCCGGUGGGAUGGGCAGUGCUGGUGGGGGUGGAGGUGGGGGUGGCGGCGGUGGCGGCAACAGCAACAUGACGGUCAGCGAGUGCGCGCCGCUGGACAGGAACGCAUCACACUACACGCUGCGCGACCUGCCGCCAUUCCGCGCCGUCCACGUGCACCUGGUGCUGGCCAACCCCGAGGGCAAGAAGGACGGACGCGAAGUCACCUUCCAGACCGAGGAGGACAUUCCUGGUGGCAUUGCUCCUGAUUCGCUGACCUUUACCCCUUUGGAUGACAUGAUCUUCCUGAAGUGGGAGGAGCCUGUGGAACCAAAUGGACUGAUCACCCAGUAUGAGAUAAGCUACCAGAGCAUCGAGUCGUCCGACCCAAGUGUCAAUGUGCCGGGCCCGCGCCGGACCGUGUCUAAGUUGCGGAACGAGACGUACCACAUGUUCUCCGGUCUGCACCCUGGCACCACCUACCUGGUCUCCGUGCGUGCCCGCACCUCCAAGGGCUUCGGUCAAACCGCGCUCACCGAAAUCACUACAAACAUAUCCGCCCCUUCGUUUGACUAUGAUGAUGUCCCCUCCCCAGUCAGCGAAUCAGAGAGCACCAUUACAGUUGUGCUCCGCCCAGCUAUGGGCAGAGGAGCGCCUGUUAGUGCGUACCACGUGGUGGUGGUGGAGGAGGACGGCUCGCGGCAGGUGCGGCGACGAGCGCUUGCCCAGCCUGGCCAGCAGGACUGCUUCCCCGUGCCCCUCUCCCACAGCGAGGCGCAGGCCAAGGGGGCGCCCCACUACUACACCGCCGAGCUGGCGCCCGACAGCCUGCCCGAGGCCGCCGAGUUCACCGUGGGCGACAACCACACGUACAACGGCUACUGGAACUCUCCGCUGGAUCCGUCCAAGAACUACCUCAUCUACUUCCAGGCCGCCAGCAACUUCAAAGGGGAGACAAGAAUCAACUGCGUCCGGAUUGCUCGCAAAGCGGCCUGUAAAGACCAUAAGAGGGCGCUAGAGGUCUCGCAGCAUGCUGAGGAGAUGGGCCUGAUCCUGGGGGCGUGUGCGGGCGGCCUGGUAGUCCUGAUCCUCCUGCUCGGGGCCAUCGUCAUCAUCAUCAAAAAGGGAAGGGACUUCUACUCUUACCCUUACUACCCAAGAAAGAAGGUGAACAUCAAUAAGGCGGCGAUGGCGUACCGUCAGGAGAAGACGAGGAAGUUGGGCUCUCUGGACUGCAGUAUGACGGAGCAGAGCACCUUACCGCAGGACGAGCGCACCGCCCACUCCUUUAUGGACAUGCAGAAUGGCAGCACACGCAACGAGCAGCGCAGCUCAGUGAACGAGUCCAGCAGCCUGCUUGGCGGCUCUCCGCGGCGCCACUGCCGGCGCAAGAGCUCCCCCUACCACACGGGGCAGCUGCACCCGGCGGUGCGCGUGGCCGACCUCCUGCAGCACAUCAACCAGAUGAAGACCUCCGAGGGCUACGGCUUCAAACAGGAGUACGAGAGUUUCUUUGACGGCUGGGAUGUGACCAAGAAGAAGGACAAGACCAAGGGGAGACACGACAGCAUUCUCAGUCAUGAGCGACACCGCGUCAGACUGCACUCGCUCCUCGCUGAUCCAAACUCGGACUAUGUCAACGCCAAUUACAUUGACGUAAGCCCUAAGCAGGACAUGAUCUAUGACUUCUGGAGGAUGGUUUGGCAGGAGAACUGCUUCAGCAUCGUCAUGAUCACCACUGUGGAGGUCGGGAGGAUGAAGUGCUGUAAGUACUGGCCAGAUGACAGUGAGCUGUACGGGGACAUCAAGAUCACCCUGCUAAAGACGGAGACACUUGCGGAGUACACUGUUCGCACCUUCGCCAUGGAGCGGCGAGGAUACCCUGCCAAGCAUGAGGUGUGCCAGUUCCACUUCACGUCGUGGCCCGAGCACGGCGUGCCCUAUCAUGCCACUGGCCUGCUUGCUUUCUUGCGGCGCGUGAAGGCCUCCACUCCACCCGACGCAGGCCCAGUGGUGGUGCACUGCAGUAUGGGGGCUGGACGGACAGGCUGCUACAUAGUGCUGGAUGUGAUGCUGGACAUGGCGGAGUGUGAAGGGGUAGUGGACAUCUACAACUGUGUGAAGACCCUCUGCUCCCGACGGAUCAACAUGAUCCAGACAGAGGAGCAGUAUGUGUUCAUCCAUGAGGCCAUUCUGGAGGCAUGCCUGUGUGGGGAGACGGCCAUCCCGGUCAGUGAGUUUGCCCUCACCUACAAGGACAUGCUGCGGGUGGACACACAGAGCAACACGUCCCAGCUGCGCGAGGAGUACCAGACUCUGAACUCUGUGACCCCUCACCUGGAUGUGGAGGAGUGCAGCAUCUCUCUGUUGCCGCGCAACCGUGAGAAGAACCGCAGCAUGGACGUGCUGCCUCCGGACCGCGCGCUGGCCUUCCUGGUGACCACUGAGGGCGAGGGCAACAACUACAUCAACGCGGCGCUGACCGACAGUUUCCUGCGGCCGGCCGCCUUCGUGGUGACGCCGCACCCGCUGCCCCACCACCCACCGGACUUCUGGAGGCUGGUCUACGACUACGCCUGCACCUCCGUGUCAUCGCUUAACCUCCUCAACCAGUCCAACUCUGCAUGGCCCUGCCUGCAGUAUUGGCCGGAGUCAGGCAUGCAACACUUUGGACCAAUGACAGUUGAGCUCCUUUCUCGCACGGCUGAUGAUGACGUCAUCAUCCGCCUCUUCCGUGUCAAGAACAUCACGAGGCUCCAGGAGGGUGCCCUGGUGGUGCGCCACUUCCAGUUCCUGCGCUGGUCCCCCUACAGAGACAUCCCCGACUCCAAGAAGGCCUUCCUCAACCUCCUGGCCCAGGUGCACAAGUGGCAGAGGGACUGUGGAGAGGGACGCAUGGUGGUCCACUGCCUAAAUGGAGGCGGGCGCAGUGGGACCUUCUGUGCCUGUAGUAUCCUGAUGGAGAUGAUCAGUCACCAGAGUCUAGUGGACGUCUUCUACGCCGCCAAGACGCUGCGCAACUCCAAGCCCAACAUGGUGGAAACCAUGGAGCAGUACCGCUUCUGCUACGAGCUGGUGCUGGAGUACCUUGACUGCCUGGAGGUGAGAUAGCAGCCUGGACAGACGAGACCUGAUGCGUCCCACGCCACAGAGGGAGCCCUAGCCGUCCCAGGGCCUCAUCUCUGAGCUCCCUCUUUUCCUCCUCCUCCUCCUCCUCCUCAUUCUCUCCCUCCUCUUCGUCUUUUUGCUCUCUUCCUCCGGAACUCUCUGCCCUGAAGGAGUGGAUCUCUGUUUACCUGAGUGGACAAUGUGAAUGGACAGAUGCAAGAAAGCCCUCCAUUCCUCUGUGGAAGUGACCCAACUACUGAGAACUCCUGUACACUUUCGUUCGUUUUUUGGCGUGUACUAUACUUUCAUUAUAUUCUCCCUUCUUUCCUUCCUUACUUUCCUUUAUGUGUCCCUCUCUUCUUGUUUGUCCUUGUCUUUCGUGCACAUCCCUCCACUUUCCCAGGGGCUUGUGCCUGUAUUUUGUUGUUGCUUGUUUUGCUUCUGUUUAUUUCUCCUCUGUGCCAGAUAUUUUUGACAACACCAUAUAAGGGCAUGGAUGCGACUGGGCUGGGUUGGGCAGCCUGCCUCCUGUGAUUUAAGCGGGCAACACCCUAGUUUCCGUGACAACUGCCACACUCUGCCUUACCACACAGCAAGAAGAAGACACUGUUCCAUGGCAUCACAGAAUGACUGACACUGGAUAAUAUACACACACACACACACACACAAACACAUGUGCACAACACACACACAACAACACUCUCAACUCUCAACAAUUCACAACUCUGAGAAAAGCAAGCAAAAUAUUACAAAAAAAGUCUACAUGGAUGACUUUUUGCGUGUUUCUGUGUUUUGUUGAACCCUGUGCCAUUGUGCAACCGACUGAGGAUGGGCUUAAUGGAAGUGACACACAUUUUUGUCAGAAAAGGGGUGGGGCUGAGCUUCGGCGCGUCAGCUUCUACCAUUGGCUCUCGCCACCAAGGUGGUGAGACCCCGCGUUGGCGUGGCAAUCCUUUCCACUGAGUGCCAACGUCUCUUGGUGCCAACUGGAGGUCAUGAUCCCAAGGACGGUUCCUCGUUUUAGUAUUUAUUUUCUCUUUGUGUACAUACUGUAGAAGAGUACUGUUUAAGAGUAACAGAUAAAAAGAGAAUCUAGGUGUUGUUGUCUUUACGUGCCAAUUCAUCGUCUGUGCGUCUGUGUGUGCUGGGGACCACUUGGAAAAGCACCUGCAUGCCGAUCUGUGCUGUUUGAUAAAAGUGUCCCGUCGCAUCUUGUGGCUCAGUCCGCUUUGGGCGUCCAGUGCAGAUGCCUGCUUAAAAUCGAGCUCAACUGAAGAUCAGAUAUACAUGUACAUAUAUGUAUUGAAAAUAAAACAAACAAAAAAAAGAAAUUAAGUAUUACUGUGGGAACAAGGUGAGGCCUUCGCCAGAAGACUUGCUUUUUAAAUUUGUAUUUAUUCAUUGUGUUUUGUUUUCUAAAUAGUGUAUAUUAAAUGCAAAAAAAUAAAACACUACGAUGUUGCUUUUACGUCA